AGCACACGCCCCCUUCUGCAAAGCCACUUUUCCCCCAGAGGCACCUCCAGUAAAUUAGGAGGGUUUGAGCUCUUCACAAACUGGACUCAUCUCUUUUGUUGACCCGAACCCCAACCCCAUGAUUACUCUUAUUGAUGUUCAUGAGCAUUAUGACUGACACUCAUGAUGAUGAUAAUUGCUACUACGAUCCCUGAUUUGGACUUUUGAUUCAUAUGUCUGUGAUUGUGAUUGCUGACGAUCAUGAUUGCUCUUCUUAUUCUGCUUUUGAUUGGGACUGCGAUGUUGUGAAAAGGGUUGCCGUGUGUGUGUGUGUGUGUGUGUGCGUAACAGCGGGAGAUGUAAACGUACAACCCCGUUGACACGUUGCUCUCGUUAAUCUGCCUCUCUCAAAUCAAAUCUGCACAGAUUGCCAGCUAAUCUGAGCAGAUUGACUCAAGAGCGGCAGAUUCUCGCUCUGUGUCGGCGUCUGUCGCCAGGACAAUGUGACCCUUUUUCAGCGGGCGACGGGUCAGAUCGUUGAGCUCGGUCUGGGUCACAGGCUGGUACCGACAGGAUGAUUUUGAACGACAGCUGGACCGUGAUGAACAACAGCAGCUCGGAGCUGGACGCCAAACGCAUAAACAAGCGCAAGAAAUGUUGCGGCUUCCUUUUGUGGGCGGUCCCGCUGGUUGUCGUGGUCGCGCUCGUCACAGCGACGCUCACCCUCAUCUACGUGAAACGCUUCCCCCUGCCCUUCGUCGACAGAGACCCAGUGUCGUCGUCUUCUCGCGUCACCUCCACCGACGGCAAAGUGUCGAGCGCCUCGAUGACGGGGUCGCAGGCGGGCGACCCCGGGAUCUCCGCUGAGCCCGUCUGCCCGGACCCCGGCCGCAACUUUGCUCGCUGGGAGGCGCUGAGGAACUCGCUCGUAAGAGCGCUCGGGGCGCGCCACGCCGAAGCCCGGCAAGAGGAGAGACGCACGCGCACGCUGGCCGACGAGGUCGAGGCGGCGGUGGGACACGCCCGCGACCUCUCACGCCAAGCGCAGGCUCUGCAAAGCGGCCAAGGAAUUCUGGAACAGAGACUGGAACACCUCCAGAACCAGCAGAACCGCAUCGCACAGGUACUGUCAGAAGAGCAAGCAGGGCUCCUCAAGCUCAGUUCCGUUUUGACUGAUUCUCUGGGCAGCCUGCAGAGGGAGACAGAGAGUCUGAGCAGACUUUACAGAGAUCAACACAAAGGUAGCUCGUACCAAUGGUUGCUAUUUUGGAAGGGCACCUUAAAAAAAAUAAAUAAAAUGACAAUGGCCAGCCAAAUCACCAUUUGUCGUCUUUCACACGUGCUCUCAUUUCCUUCAGCUCUCACACCCAGAGACUGCAGCGAGGUCAUGGCGGCGGGAAAUUCUCGAGAUGGGGUUUAUUCCAUCUUCCCCGUCCACGAGCCCGACGGCUUCAUGGUUUUCUGCGACUUGAGCACGGCCGCGGGAGGCUGGACCGUGAUCCAGAGGAGACAGGACGGCUCUGUAAAUUUCUUCCGCGGUUGGGACGCAUAUCGAGACGGCUUUGGAACCACGACAGGCGAGCACUGGCUAGGCCUGCAGAGGAUUUCCGCUCUAACUCGAUCAGGCGGUUACGAGUUGCGAAUCGACAUGGCCGACUUUGAAAACGCGACAGCCUUUGCGCACUACGCAGAAUUCUCCGUGGGCCGACACUCGGUCAACCCCGAAGAGGACGGAUACCCGCUCACGGUGGACGGCUACUCGGGAACCGCAGGUGAUUCACUCCUAAAGCAUUCUGGAAUGCAGUUCACCACGAAAGACCGCGACCAGGACCAGUCAGAGAACAACUGCGCCACGUACUACCAGGGCGCUUGGUGGUACCGCAACUGUCAUACGUCCAACCUGAAUGGCCAGUACCUGGGUGGAGGCCACGCGUCCUACGCAGACGGCGUGGAGUGGUCCAGUUGGACCGGCUGGCAAUAUUCUCUGAGAUUCACCGAAAUGAAGAUCCGGCCCAAGCCCGAACCCAACUGA